CUCUCGGAGCCCACCCGGUUUAGAUCUGGUUUGUAAUGAUCUGUGCCCGCCUGCUUGCGCUGUGGCGUUCGGCCCGCGCGUAUGACGCACUCGCGGCCAAGUCGCCAUUUUCGCACGCUUCAAGUAGCUCGAAUGACGAUGACGGCAUCGUGGACGACUGCGACGCGACGAUGGUGUCCCUGAUCAAAGAGGGCAACGAGCCGCUGGUCUUGCAUCGGCUGCAGCAUCGGACGUACACAUUAGAAGAUCUUUGCACGAUCGAGGGCGGCGAAUCGGUCCUGUCGCUCGCCUGCGAGCGCGAGCAUUUGGACAUUGUGACGCUCCUUCUGGACACGACGCCCUUCACCUUAAUACCCGAGUACGACACGCGUCUUUUGAGCCGCGCGAUGCGCAUGGGCCACAGCGCGGUUCUGGAGCUGCUGCUCGCAAAGGUCCCCGACAUCGACCUCAAGGUCCAGCGAGAGGGCGCAGGCUCCUUGCUGCACUUGGCUGCGCAAGCUUCGAACACUGGCACGGGCAGCGCCAUCGAAUGGCUCCUUCCGCGCUUCCGGGACGUCAACAUAACCGACGACGACGGGAACACGCCGCUGCACAUUGCCGCGCGCCACAACGCGGGCAAUCUAAAGGCGCUUUUGAAGGCGGGUGCCGACAUUGACGCCCGCAACAAGGCACGGGAUACCCCACUGCAUUUGGCUGCUGCGUGCGACAAGCGUACCUCAGUGUCUAUUCUCUUACGCGAGUCCGCCGCCAUGGACGUGACGAACGAGGCGGGCAAAACACCGCUGGAUCUCGUGCAGAGUGACGAAGCCCGAACCCUGCUGACCAAAGAAGACACUUAUCGACAGACGUGCCCAGGUCACCGCCUCGCACGCGCAGGCGACGUCGUGGGCAUGGACCUCUGGUUGCGCACCAUCUUUGUGGGCGACUCGUUUGCGCAAGUGACGUGGCGCAGCGAGACGCAUGCGUCGACAUUGCUCGCCACCGUCGUGCCAACGCCAGCGAUGAACGCGUACCAGCUCAUUGGUGUCGCGGACGGCGUCCCCGUCCUUGGCACGUGGAUAAGCAGCGAUUUUCUCGAGCUCACGCUGGCGUAUACGACCCAGUUGCGGCGCACGUUCAAAGGCCCCUUUGAUUUAGCGGCAGGCAUCUGGACAGGUGUGUGUGACGACGCGCCGUCAUUGCACUACGCCUUUCCCAGCUACACCUGCGUCACGUGCGCGAACGAGGUGGUCCUCAACCAAGACGCGCCGUGCUUGACUUGUCUGCGUCUUGGCACGAAAGAGGCUGCGCUCGAGUAUCGCCAACGCGUGGAGGCGGCCGCAGCGGCCGUCACGAAAGCCCUUCAAGUUCAAGAGACCGAGAACGAAAAUGGAACAGUCGUCAUGUGCGCCGCCUAUGGCGGGCACGUGACCUUGCUUCAGCGUUUGCUUCCGUACUGUACCGAGGAGCUGCUUCACAAGAAGGACAAGCAAGAACGCACGGCGCUCGACAUACUCGCACUGCGUUGCGUGCCCUGCGCGGCCAAGGCCGCUGGUCAAAACAGCUCCGAGCUGGUGCAUUUGCUCAAUGAGAUCUGUCGCAUCAGUAAAGAGUCGCUUCCGGUGGAAAUGUUGUCUAUGCACAUCAGUGAAGCCCGGCUCCGCUGCUGCGUGACAGAAGUCGGAGACCACAUCACGGCGCUGGCCAAAGCGAAUCAGUGGGACGAGUUCAAGGCCGAAAUUUUGCGAGCGCCAGACACCACGACGAUCAACAGAGAGGACAACAUCAUCUGGCGCAAAGCGUGUGAACAAGGCCGUGCCGAUGUCAUUGCCCUUCUUUUGCUGCAGCCGCGGGGUCACAACAUGCAUGAUAUCAUCUCGAGAGGCAAGUCCGUGCUGUACUUUGCCGCCAAGUACGGCCACGCGCACUGCGUCGAGCAACUUCUACGCGCUGGCGUUCAGCCGUGGGAACUCGUGCGGAGCAAACGUUUCCAAGUCAACAAAAAGCUCGUGUCGUACCCGGUGUGCCGGCGGCUCAUCAUGGCCAAGCGAGAGGUCAAAGAGCAGGGGUUCCACCUGUACUUCACGGCCAACGUGCCCAGCGUCCAGGCUGUCCACGAGCUUCAAGCCGCUGGUCGAUCGGCUCUGCACGCAGCGGUGCUCUACAAACAGCAAGAUGAUGUGAUUUUUGCACUCGUGGAGAAGAAGCUCCUCAACGACAUCGAUCUGGUACCGCAUCUCGCGCUCAAGGACACGGACGAAGCGUUCACCAAGCAAGCUUUUCGCAAGGCGAUUGCGUGCUCGCCAGCGCUUGGCCGAUUGUUCCUCAACGACUGCGUCACGCUCGACCGUCGCGACAUGCGGUUCAGUCAGCUGGAGCACGUGUAUGGUGUGACCGCCGACACGAGUGCGUUGCAUGCAAUUUUGAAUUUGCAGUCCCCCGACCCAGCGCUGCUCCUCGACGCCAAGACCGAGUGUCUCGAGCAUGUCGUAAUGCUGCGUAUUCUCCAGAUCAAGUGGGAGCUCUUUGGCCAGCGCAAAUACUUUGAGCAGCUGCUCAUGAACGUCUUGCUCCUCGUCACGAUGACCACGUCGUCGCUGCUCGUGGACGAGGCGAGUGUGGCGACCAACGGGAUUCCGAUGGUCGUCGGCACCUUGACGUUUGUCAGCGCGGCCGUUGGCUAUUGCGUCUUGCAGCUGCUGCGUCCGGCGUCUCUCUACCGUCUCGCGCGCUACUGCUACGACGGUCAGCUCUCUCUGGACGUCUCGGCUCCGAUCCCGCACCUCCCCAAGCACAAGGCUCGCGCCAGAGGGCUCUUGGUCCGAGCGUGGAUGGGGCUGUCGCUAUCGAUAGCGGUGCCCGUCAUGGCUGGGCUCCUCUUGUCGGGUGUCGCUGCUGCCUAUCCCAGAUGCAACCACCUCGUUCUCUGGUGCACGUCGCUCUACUUUGUCGUCACAGAGCUCGAAGAAAUGGUCUCGUCGGGCAUCAAAGUCUACUGGUCGUCGCGCGUCAACCAGGCACAGCUGGUCACCAACCUCGCCGUCUUGCUGGUCUUUGUGCCCAUGAAGGUUGGCCUUCUUCCAGCAUCGUCGGCCGUGCAGACGGGCGUCGGCGGCGCCAUCACGAUCGGUCUCUGGAUGCUCUCGCUUCAGUUUCUCGAAGUCGUGCCGGCCGCCGGCUACCUCCUCCCGAUGAUGUCCAAGCUGCUCGACGACGUCCGAAACUUCUUCAUCUUCUUCAGCGUCGUCCAAAUGGGUCUCACGAUCACGUUCUACCAGCUCUUCCGCGACCAGGACGUCGAUGCGUUCAGCACUCUGGGGUCGUCCUUCGUGACCACGUACUUUGUUGCGUUUGGCCAACUGCCUCUGGACGCCCUCGAUGCUUUUGACGCGACUGACGGGUUCCUCUCGAAUUGCACGCUACUGCUGAUGAUGCUGCACUCGGCCGUGGUGUGCAUUCUGCUGCUCAACGUCCUGCUCGCUAUGAUGAACCAGACGGUCGACGGCGGUCUCGAGAAGGCCAAAACCGAGGCGCUCACGAGCUACGCCCAGUGCAUCCUGCGCUUGGAGCAGUCGAUGCGCCUCGACGCCGACGGGACGCAAGCGCUGUUGCAUCUGACCGACAGCAAGACCCACGCGCGGGUGCUCAACCCAAUCUUCUCGGAGGUCGUCUCGAACCUCGACAUCUCGAUGCGACCCGAGCACGAAGCGUCGAUUCGACAUGACAACACGCGCAAGCAGCAGUGUAAGACGACGCUGGCGUCGCUUCAAGCUACCAUCGCCGAGCACAUUGGCGACGCCACGAAAAAGCUGCGCCGAGUCGAGCAUUUCAGCACGGAUCCCGAGAUUCUCCGCGGGUUUCAACCCGAGUUGGACGCGAUCGCGGCCGCCGAAGAGGCGCUCACGAGUCUGUUUGCCAAGGCGCACAAGCACCGCGGAGACGACGCGCCUGCCAAGCUCGAAGCGCUCAAGACAGGCAUUCGCAAUACAAUUAGGACGCUCUCUGCAACGCUCGGCAAGGUGUGGGACGCGGAGACUGCGACGGCGACGAGCACCCGCACCGAAUGUCUCUGCUUGUUGGGUCUCGUUGCGACGACGACGGUGCACAAGCUGGUAGAUGACAUGCUCAACAAGAUCUGCGAGACGCAAAAUAGCGCAGCUCUCAAAACCGAGGACCAGCGCCACCAAACAGCCGAGGAGAAGGAGAAGGACGCCUCAAGGGGCCGAAUCCGCGAUUUGCGGUUCGAGUUGCAAGCUCGAUUUGCGUCGCUCGAGACGAAGCUCACCGAGCACAACCAGGCACUCCGCGAGCAAAACGAGGCGCUCGCGCGGCAGCUCACAACAGCGCUCGAGCAACUUGGUCGUGCACCCGAGUCGCCGAUCCGCACGCAGUCCUUUCCCGUCCUGGACCCGCGCGAGCGUGAACGCAGCAGCGCCGAUGCGGAGCACGAUUCGCUCUAGAUACUCAGACCAAAAAA